AAAAAUUAAAAAUCCAAAAUGAAAUUUGUUUUAUUAGUUAUUUGUAUCAUUAUUAGCUUGGAUUGUGUCAGAAGUAAAAACACAUUUAAAGAAGACAUAAAAAUCACUAUUAAACAGGGUUCUCUAGUUGGUCAUUCAGCCAAAGAUUAUUUAAACGAUACUUAUUAUAUAUUUGAAGCAAUCCCUUAUGCAAAACCACCUGUGGGGCGUUUAAGGUUUAAGGCACCUGAACCUGCAGAACCGUGGACUGGAGUGUAUGAUGCAACAAAAAUACGAAAAGCUUGUCCACAAGUCGGCGCUUCUGAAGCAGGACCUAACGAGGAAUAUGAUGAAGAUUGUUUGUUUCUGAACGUUCAUACAAAAAUGAUGCCAGACCCGAAACCAGUGAUGGUUUGGAUUCAUGGCGGUGCCUUCGAAAUGGGUUCUAUUAAUGGAUAUCGAGGAUCACAGUAUUUAAUGACUGAAGACAUUGUAUUGGUUGAGGUUCAAUAUCGAUUAAAUAUUUUUGGUUUUUUAAGUUUUGACGAUCCAAAAUAUAAUAUUCCUGGUAAUGCAGGAUUAAAAGAUCAAGUGUUGGCUUUGAAAUGGGUUCAAGAAAACAUCAAGUAUUUUAAUGGUGAUCCAAAUCAAGUAACAAUUUUUGGUGAUAGUGCAGGUGGGGCUUCGGUACAUUUGUUGUAUGUAUCAUCCUUAGCAAAAGGUUUAUUUCAUCGAGCGAUUGCUCAAAGUGGAUCUGGUGCAAAUACUUGGGUUUACUCUGCCAGUAAUUACACCCAUUUAGCUGAAGCUUUAAAUUGUUCGUCAAAUAACUUAGAUGAAAUUGUAAACUGUAUUAACGGUACAUCAACGAAGGAGCUAGUUAACGCCGGAAUAAUAUUGAAGAGUAUUCCGGAUGGCACGCUUGUGGAUGGAAUUUCAAUGAGUGCUCUUACAAUAGAAUCUGAAAACAGUAACGAUCCAUUCAUGACACACCACGUGGAAGAAAAUAUUAAAAAAGGAAAUUUCAAUAAAGUUCCACUUAUUAUUGGAAUUUGUGCAAAUGAAUCUGCAUUAUAUUAUCAAGACAGGCCUGGUAUUGGACCAAAUUUCACUGAAUCAGAUUAUGAAAAGUUGAUACCAAAGGAUAUAAAUUUUAAAAAAGGUUCAAACGAAGCUUUCAAUAUUGGUAAAGAAAUUAAGGAAUUUUAUUAUGGAAAUCAAACACCGUCAAACGAUUUACUUGAACCUUGGAUUAAAUACGUUUCUGAUAUGAUGUUUAUUUAUAAAAUGUAUUAUAUUACAAAGCUACAAGCCGCAUCUUUUCCAAAUGUUCCUGUUUACUUUUAUAAUUUCAAUUAUAUCACAAGUCUUAACUUUGAAGGAAAUUCUACAAAAUAUGUGGCGCAUGCCGAUGACUUACCAUACUUAUUUAAUUUUAAUCCAAAAGGAGUUUCUCAGCUCACUCCAAGCUCCGAUGAGGAGAUAGGAAUGCAUCGUAUGAUAAAAUUAUGGACCACAUUUGCAAAAUCAAAAGAUGGAAAUCCAAAUCCAUUAAACGAUCCAUUAUUUACAAAUGUAACUUGGAAGCCUGUUGAUUCAAAUAAUUUUUUUUAUUUACAUAUUAAUCCAAAAUUAGUAUUAGAAAAAAAUUUAUAUGAAGAUCGUAUGAAAUUUUGGGACCAUUUUUAUCAAAAAUAUCAAAUUUGAUUGUUAUAUAAGAUUUU